AUGACUAGUCACUCCAUAGUACUACAGCGGACAGGAACAAUGCCUUGGUCACCCUUCAUAGAAUCAUGCGCUGCGAAGUUGUCGCAGGAAUGCGAAUUCUCAACCGAUCGAUACCUGUUAGGACAGGUUCAAGUACAACACAUGCUUGUACGAAUCGAUUCCCUAGUUGCACGGAGAUUCGGUGAGAAUCAGGCUCCUGCGGAUAUAGAAGUUAUGAUUCGUUCUCUUCAAAGCGAUUUUGAAGAUUGCAAAGCCCGGCUUCCUGUCCCUAUUGACCAUGAUGCUUUUCAAGGCAUUUCGUCCCACGCCUUCGACAUCCAUCUCUAUCAAACUAUCUUUUUCGAUGUAUACCCAUCUUCAGCCGCGUCAAUCGACCACUCCAUGGCCCUCCUGCGAAUCGAUGCCCUUUGUCACGGACUAGCGGCUGCGAAACAAUUUAUGAGCUUUUACUUCAGUCUACCACCCGGUAUUGAAAAGGGAUAUAGUUACACCCAAUGGACAAUGACCGGGUUCAGCAUUGCAGCUUCAUGCAAACUUGUUCUCGCAUCGUUGGAACCAUCCGUUCGAGAUCACGAUCAAGUCCGAGGGUUGCGAGAGACAUUGGAUAUGCGGCAUGAAAUCCAGAAAUCUGUCAAGCGCAUGAAUACGCUUGAUCAGGAGUGUAAAGGUGGGAAGUGGGAUCAACAUGAGAUGUUCUUCUACCAAGAUUGGCUGCGGUUCCUUUCUGAAUGGUUUGAAGAGAAAUACCGUCUUGCGGAGUCUGAUAGUGCUGGAGAGAACAAUGGUGCACUGGGAGUCUUCACCACUGGGAUCUCAGAAAAGAAUAUCGAUGAAGAGCCUCAACCUGAUCCGGGGUUUCCUUGGGUGGGUCUUCAGGACGUUACGAUUGAGGAGAUGUUGAAUGUGUGGUUAGAGCCAAUGAAUAUGCCACACUACUUUUAA